AUGGGCAAUCAUCAAAACAAAACUCUACAGAAUGUCGAAACGGUCGCAGAAGAAGAGCAACGUUUUAUCAUUGAUCUGGAUGAAAUCGUCCAGGAAUGGAUUUGGCAAACAUACGGCAAUACCAAACUAUUAUCUCGAUACAAACGUGAGGAUCUUCUCAUUACCAUCAACUGGAAGAAUGUUACAUUGAACCAAGAUGAUGUGCAUUUGUAUAACUCGAAUUCAUCAUGUGUAUCUCGGACGCUAUUUCGCACGAAUUUCGAUAAUAAAACCCUCAGCGAACAAUUAUAUAACUUCACUGCGAACCGAUCGACUUGUUCAACUUUGAAGAUCCUAUUGAAGCAAAGUUUAGCGAUGUCACAUGAAUCUCCGAUUACACUUCACUUACCGAAACAGAUCAUGUCAUUUCAGAAUCAUAUUAAAUCCGAACAAGUGAUUCCACUGGGAAAGGAUAUGUUGAAAGAGUUCGAGCUACCGUGGAAUGUCGAUAGUCAAUUACGUAUAGCGCCUCGUACACGUCUUAUAGCAAAGUUAAAUGUCGACGAAGAAGAAUAUUCGAGUCAUUUUUCCGCAUCGAUUCGUUUUUCUGGUCGUAUAAUGGCAAGCAUCGCUACUCGACAAUCACCCAGCAUUUGUUUGAAAUUCAUUGUUGGUGAUAUUGUGGAAAUCAUAUCAAAAGCAAGAAAAACCAAUGGUCGAUUGAGCAGCAUGGAGAUCCUCAAUGAAAUUCUCCCCUCGGUCGGGUUUACGAUACACGGGCGAUGUUUAUUUCGAUGUGGAAUGCGUCAGCAUAUCGUUCUCAAUCAAGAAUUAUUAGAAUUAUCGAGUUCGUCCUCUUCUGAUUGCGGCCUUACACCUUCAGCUCCAUCUGAAUACUGUCAUUUAACGUCUUCGUAUAUUAAAACUGAUGAUCUAAUUCGUUCAAAUCCGAUGGGCUAUCAAAGAUUAUAA